AGGAGAUUCAAUCAGAAAAAGGUUUCUAAAAAGGCUCUGGGGUAAAAGAGGAAGGAAACAAUAAUGAAAAAAAUGUGGUGAGAAAAACAGCUUAAAACCCAUGUAAAGAGUGCAUAAAGAAAGCAAAAAGAGAAGUAGAAAGUAACACAGGGGCAUUUGGAAAAUGUAAACGAGUAUGUUCCCUAUUUAAGGCUAGGCACAAAGCAAGGUCUUCAGAGAACCUGGAGCCUAAGGUUUAGGCUCACCCAUUUCAACCAGUCUAGCAGCAUCUGCAACAUCUACAAUGGCCUUGACCUUUGCUUUACUGGUGGCCCUCCUGGUGCUCAGCUGCAAGUCAAGCUGCUCUCUGGGCUGUGAUCUGCCUCAAACCCACAGCAUGGGUAACAGCAGGACCUUGAUGCUCCUGGCACAAAUGAGGAGAAUCUCUCCUUUCUCCUGCUUGAAGGACAGACAUGACUUUGGAUUUCCCCAGGAGGAGUUUGGCAACCAGUUCCAAAAGGCUCAAACCAUCCCUGUCCUCCAUGAGAUGAUCCAGCAGACCUUCAAUCUCUUCAGCACAAAGGACUCAUCUGCUGCUUGGGAUGAGACCCUCCUAGACAAAUUCUACACUGAACUCUACCAGCAGCUGAAUGACCUGGAAGCCUGUGUGAUGCAGGAGGUAGGGGUGACAGAGACUCCCCUGAUGAAGGAGGACUCCAUUCUGGCUGUGAGGAAAUACUUCCAAAGAAUCACUCUCUAUCUGAAAGAGAAGAAAUACAGCCCUUGUGCCUGGGAGGUUGUCAGAGCAGAAAUCAUGAGAUCCCUCUCUUUAUCAACAAACUUGCAAGAAAGAUUAAGGAGGAAGGAAUGAAAACUGGUUCAACAUGGAAAUGAUUUUCAUUGAUUCAUAUGCCAGCUCACCUUUUUAUGAUCUGCCAUUUCAAAGACUCAUGUUUCUGCUAUGACCAUGACACAAUUUAAAUCUUUUCAAAUGUUUUUAGGUGUAUUAAUCAACAUUGUAUUCAGCUCUUAAGGCACUAGUCCCUUACAGAUGACCAUGGCGACUGAUCUAUUAUCUAUUUAAAUAUUUUUAAAAUAUUAUUUAUUUAACUAUUUAUAAAACAACUUAUUUUUGUUCAUAUUAUGUCAUGUGCACCUUUGCACAGUGGUUAAUAUAAUAAAAUAUGUUCUUUGUAUUUGGUAAAUUUAUUUUGUGUUGUUCAUUGAACUUUUGCUAUGGAAACUUUUUGUACUUGUUUAUUCUUUAAAAUGAAAUUCCAAGCCUAAUUGUGCAACCUGAUUAAAGAAUAACUGGUACACUUCAUUUAUCCAUCAAUAUUAUAUUCAAGAUAUAAGUAAAAAUAAACUUUCUGUAAACCA